AUGGACCGACCAAUAAUACAAGUCAAUGAUUACGAGCAACAUCAAGGAGCAGCCUCAACCACCCGAAAGACACUACACCAGAACCUCCUAGUGAAACUACGCCCUCUACCUUUCCAAUACCACUGGACAGUCUGGUUUGACAAGCACAGCGAUCCACUUGCCCACACAACUUUCACCACCAGCAUACAAAACCUGCCACCACUGCAGCAGCAAUAUAGCUCGCGUCUCACCGUUUUGUACGAAGACGUCGCCGACAUCGCCACAUUCUACAGAAUUUACAACAACUACCCCUGGGACAGGAUCCGUCUACGCGAUACAGUCCACAUAUUCCGCAAAGGCGUUCAGCCCGUAUGGGAAGACCCCGAAAAUAUGAAUGGAGGGUGUUGGACGUUCCGUGUCCCCAAAGUCAAGGGACAGGAGUUCUUUCACGAAGUUGUCAUUUUGGUUAUGGCGAAUGAAUUACAAGCUGCUAUAGAGAGUGUUGCUGAAAAUCAGGAUAUGAAUAAGAGCACGACCAUGUCCUCGGCGUCAGCAUAUCAGUCCGAUUCAAUAGCUACUUGA